AUGGCUAGCCAUGCCCUUCAUCUCCAACAAGUUUUCCAGAUUUUAGUGGAGAACCAGCUGGUGUUAAAUGAGAAGAAAUGCACAUUCGCAGUGAGCUCGGUGGAGUACUUGGGCCACAUUAUCUCAGCACAAGGGGUCUUGGCGGAUCCUAACAAAACCACAGCAAUGCUAGAGUGGCCGGUGCCUACGGACCAACGAGCUUUACGGGGAUUCUUGGGCCUUACCGGCUACUAUAGGCGGUUUGUGCAAGGAUAUGGGGUAAUCGCCAAGCUGUUAACGGAGUUGACAAAGCGAAAUGCGUUUGAAUGGAAUGACAAGGCACAAGAGACUUUCAAGAGAUUGAAGAGGCUGAUGGCAGACCUACCGACUCUAGCAGUUCCGGAUUUCAAUCAAGACUUCGUUUGGAAACAGAUGCAUCGAGUGAGGGGUUGGGUGCGGUGCUGUCCCAGCAAGGCAGACCAAUAG